CGGUGUCUCCAACCUGUGAUCAUGCCUGUGCACCUCCUAUCGACGAAAGCCUGCUGACCGCCGCACACCCCGCGUCUCCCGAGCUGCAGCCCCUGUGUCGCGUCGAGGGUGUGGUUGACUCACCGACGGAGAUAGAUGCAUAGCAGAGCCCAAGCCCGGCAGCGGAAUGUAGUACCCAUUACACUCGGGAGGGCCAUUAAUGAGUGAGAGUGAGCCAUCUCCGUUGUCUUCGCCGUCCGAACCUCCCUCUGCAUUUCACGGCGCACAAUUGAUCGUCGGCUCGGGUACUGGUUGCUUCCGGCAAGCGCCUGACGCGACGGGCGUCAUAACGUUAGUUGCUCGCUACACCUUCCAGCUUGCCUCUGGGCACGGCGUCUUCGUUCAAUCGCAAGGCUUUGGCUAUGGCACGGACGUCGAAGCAGUGGAGCUGUGCAGUGCGGGUCGCGCCGCGGAGGUCAAACCAGCGAGCAGAAACUUCUUUUGCCUGCGCUUGACCCUCGAAAGCGACGACCCCGAUCCCAACAGACCGGUGCAGACGGCAUGUGGGAGCGUGGUCAUCGCGUCGGCAAUGAGGGAAGGCCGCAGUGCAAUCUACGGUGCUUACACAUUGACAUGCAGAAGAUCCCAAAUGCCCUUCGGAUGAUUGUAAUGUCUGCACAAACAUUUUCGUGCUGCAUCGUCGUAGCCCAAUUGAGCCGUCUAUGCAUCGCUGAAAUUUGGCCCAA